AUGACUGCCAACGCCCCUGGGACAAUACACCACCACAGGACCAGUGCCCAGAGCGAGGUGUAUGUUCCUAGACACCACCACAGGACCAGUGCCCAGAGCGAGGUGUAUGUUCCUAGGCACCACCACAGGACCAGUGCCCAGAGCGAGGUGUAUGUUCCUAGACACCACCACAGGACCAGUGCCCAGAGCGAGGUGUAUGUUCCUAGACACCACCACAGGACCAGUGCCCAGAGCGAGGUGUAUGUUCCUAGACACCACCACAGGACCAGUGCCCAGAGCGAGGUGUAUGUUCCUAGACACCACCACAGGACCAGUGCCCAGAGCGAGGUGUAUGUUCCUAGACACCACCACAGGACCAGUGCCCAGAGCAAGGUGUAUGUUCCUAGACACCACCACAGGACCAGUGCCCAGAGCGAGGUGUAUGUUCCUAGACACCACCACAGGACCAGUGCCCAGAGCGAGGUGUAUGUUCCUAGACACCACCACAGGACCAGUGCCCAGAGCGAGGUGUAUGUUCCUAGACACCACCUCAGGACCAGUGCCCAGAGCGAGGUGUAUGUUCCUAGACACCACCACAGGACCAGUGCCCAGAGCGAGGUGUAUGUUCCUAGACACCACCACAGGACCAGUGCCCAGAGCGAGGUGUAUGUUCCUAGACACCACCACAGGACCAGUGCCCAGAGCGAGGUGUAUGUUCCUAGACACCACCACAGGACCAGUGCCCAGAGCGAGGUGUAUGUUCCUAGGCACCAGGACAUGGCCAGUGCCCAGAGCGAGGUGUAUGUUCCUAGGCACCAGGACAUGGCCAGUGCCCAGAGCGAGGUGUAUGUUCCUAGGCACCACCACAGGACCAGUGCCCAGAGCACCAGGACAUGGCCUAGGCACCAGGACAUGGCCAGUGCCCAGAGCGAGGUGUAUGUUCCUAGGCACCAGGACAUGGCCAGCGCCCAGAGCGAGUUGUAUGUUCCUAGGCACCACCACAGGACCAGUGCCCAGAGCGAGGUGUAUGUUCCUAGGCACCAGGACAUGGCCAGCGCCCAGAGCGAGGUGUAUGUUCCUAGGCACCAGGACAUGGCCAGCGCCCAGAGUGGGUGUCCAUUAAGAUGA